UUCAUUUUUGUCAUUUUCCCUACAGUGAAUAUAACGGUAUCGACGCUGGAAAAAAUGCAGCAACACAUCCUUCAUGCGCUGAGGAGGCCAUGUAAAGUAGAUAUUCUUCGAAGGACACUUUCAUCCAACACUAGUAAUGGGGAGACUUUAACCAUUAAAGAAACAAGGGAGAAAUUAAAGUUGCUGGUAGGAGCACAGACAAUAUGGGGAUCAUCCACGGCUGGCUCAGUUUUCGCCCCUGUUGCAACCAGUCAGGAUGAGAUACCACCUAGAACUAUGGCACAUAGCUUCCGGAAGGUUGUUAUCCCUCUUGGCACCAACCCAAUGCUAAAGGAAAAAUAUAUCAACUUCUACCAAGGCAUCAGAUUUGGGAGAAUUCUGGAAGAUCUUGACACAUUUGCAGUGGACAUAAGUUACGCACACUCACAUGACUCCGCACACCCUGAUAAGAAGUCUCCACUCAGUAUUGUCACAGCCCUGGUCGACAGAAUUGUUCUGUGUGAGCAGCCAAUACUUCCUGACCGCGACAUCAGGAUGCAAGGCAAUGUGACCUGGGCAGGAAAGACAUCUAUGGAGGUCACAAUGAAGCUUGACCAGGAAAUUGAUCAAAAUUGGAAGCAGUUGCUUGAAGCAAAGUUUUUGAUGGUUGCAAGAAAUCCUGCAACCAAAAGUGCUGCUGUAAUAAACAAGUUGAUACCGGAAGGUCCCGAAGAGGAGGCAUUGUUCAAACUCGGUGAAGAAACAAAGGCAAAGCGGAUGUUGGAAAGUCAGAAGACAUUGUUAAAGACCCCACCAGACGAGAAUGAACGUCUGCUGAUACAUAACUUGUUCCUUGAGACCCUUGAUCCGAAAGCAUCUACGUUCAAAGUUCGGGUGAAGCCAGAACGCUCUGUUUGGAUGGAAGAUACACUUCUGAAGAACCUGGUCAUUUGUAUGCCAGAACAACGUAAUCUCUACAACAAGAUCUUCGGCGGUUUUCUGAUGCGAAAGGCAUUUGAGCUGGCCUAUGCAAAUGCUUGUCUCCAUUGUAAAGGUCGAGCUAAAGUCCUGGUGGUCGACGAUAUCGCCUUCAAGAAAUCGGUGGAAGUAGGCUCGUUCUUGUUCCUUUCGUCACAGGUUGUGUACACGUUGGACAAUCACAUGAUGGUGAAGGUACACGCCGAGGUUGUCAACCCGAAAGACGACUCAAGGGAGACUACCAAUGACUUCUACUUCCUGUUUGCGUUGCAGUCCACAGAAGUACCGAGAGUGAUACCGAAGUCUUAUGCAGAGUCUAUGCUUUAUCUGGACGGCAAGAGACACUUUGAUUCGUGAAAAAAAACUGUUCUCAUGGAUCAAAUGUAAACGGCCAAUUCCAUCAAAUCGGGAUAUAUUUUAAAAGUAAAUAUUAGAAUAAUUCAUGUCUAGAAACAUAUACAUCAUUUGAUGUCAAAUGAUCAAAGCAAUUAUUUCACACAACAGCUGUAUAGCUAGUAUCCUACAAUUGGGUUUAUGUGAAUGAUAUACUUUUAAUCAAUUUGUUUCGCAUCUGAUACUCUAGCGUUUUUAUAAAAGCUUUUUAAUAAAAUCUCAUUAUAAUUUAUGUUUGGGACCAUCCUUGUUCAGGACAAUGUACAUGUUUUCUGUUAACCUCCUCUACGAAGUGAAGUUGGUAUUCUAGAUUCAUAAUGACCGUACAUCGGUCAUGUCCGUUCGUCGGUCUACGUAAACUUGUCCACAGAUGUCCAUUUACGUAUCAAGCUUUAAGCGUUUAUAAUGCUUUGUUGCUUAUGAAAACUAAUCAUUUAAUUAUUUGUAUUUAUUAACAGUAUUUAUUGCAUAAAGACAAAACCCUUUUUCUAGUUACAAUUUUUUUUGAAGCGAGUAGUUUAGCUUCAUGCAAAGGGUAGGUUGCGUCCAGGGAAUGUGUCACUUCUGUGUUAUUAUGUAUGGCAUUUCAUUCAUUUAGCUCAUACUAUGUUUUUACUUACCUUUAUGUGUAGUUAUACAUCAUGUAUUUAAAAAAUCACUCUUGA